AUGGGUAUCAGCAGGAGACCCAAGAAGGAUGCCGGCCAGGCUGCUGGCGGCGCGCAAUCCGGCGGCGGCGCAAAGCCCAAGAAGGCCACAUUCGAAACCUCAAAGAAGAAGGAAAUCGGUGUAUCCGAUCUGACCCUCCUGAGCAAAGUCUCAAACGAAGCCAUCAACGAAAACCUUAAGAAGCGAUUCGAAGGCAAGGAGAUCUACACAUAUAUCGGCCAUGUCUUGGUCUCAGUCAACCCCUUUAGGGACCUAGGCAUAUAUACCGACCAGGUCCUGGAGUCGUACAAGGGCAAGAACCGUCUCGAGAUGCCUCCGCACGUCUUUGCCAUUGCCGAGUCCUCCUACUAUAAUAUGAAGGCAUACAAGGAGAACCAGUGUGUGAUCAUCUCGGGCGAGUCGGGAGCAGGCAAGACCGAAGCUGCAAAGCGCAUCAUGCAAUACAUUGCCAACGUGUCCGGAGGAGGAGACGCCGAGAUUCAACACAUCAAGGACAUGGUGCUGGCGACCAACCCCUUGCUAGAAUCGUUUGGUAACGCCAAGACGUUGAGGAAUAACAACUCGUCGCGAUUUGGUAAAUACCUCCAGAUCCACUUCAACACCAAUGGCGAGCCGGUCGGAGCGGAUAUUACGAAUUAUCUCUUGGAAAAAUCGAGAGUCGUCGGUCAAAUCACCAACGAGCGCAACUUUCACAUCUUCUACCAAUUUGCCAAGGGCGCAUCGGAAAGUUAUAGGACCUCAUUCGGUAUCCAGCAGCCUCAGACAUAUGCAUACCUCAGUCGGUCCAAGUGUUUCGAUGUGGACGGAAUCGAUGAUUUGGCAGAGUUCCGCGAUACUCUGGAAGCUAUGAAAAUCAUUGGCCUUACGCAGGCCGAACAAGACGAGGUGUUCCGCAUGCUGGCGGCAAUUCUCUGGACAGGAAACAUUACCUUCAUCGAAGGUGAUGACAGUUUCGCCCAGGUGGCUGAUCAGUCUGUCGUUGAUUUCCUGGCCUAUCUUCUAGAGGCGACACCGGAACAGGUAGUCAAGGCUAUCACGAUUCGUGUUCUUACGCCCAGGAGUGGUGAAGUUAUUGAAUCACCAGCCAACCCAGCACAGGCCAACGCAACGAGAGAUGCCUUGGCUAUGGCCAUCUAUAACAACUUAUUCGAUUGGAUUGUACAGAGGAUCAACCAAUCCUUGAAAGCGAAGCAAGCCACGCCCAACAACAUCGGUAUCCUUGAUAUCUAUGGUUUCGAGAUUUUCGAGAAGAACAGUUUCGAGCAGCUUUGCAUCAAUUACGUCAACGAGAAGCUGCAGCAGAUUUUCAUCCAGCUGACCUUGAAGGCAGAGCAAGAAGAGUACGCACGCGAGCAGAUUCAAUGGACACCAAUCAAAUACUUUGACAACAAGGUUGUGUGCGAUUUGAUCGAGCAGGUCCGGCCUGUUGGUAUCUUUUCUGCACUCAAGGAUGCGACCAAGACGGCCCACGCAGACCCCAGCGCAUGUGACAGGACGUUCAUGCAGAGCAUCAGUGGCAUGAACCACCAGCAUCUCACCCCACGGCAGGGGAGCUUCAUCAUCAAGCACUAUGCUGGUGAUGUGAGCUACACUGUGGAAGGCAUCACGGAUAAGAACAAGGACCAGCUCCUCAAGGGAGUCCAGGCCUUGUUCCGCCAAAGCCAGAACCGAUUUGUUCACACCCUCUUCCCAGCACAAGUCGACCAAGACAACAGGAAGCAACCGCCCACUGCCGGAGAUCGCAUCAAGACUUCUGCAAAUGCGUUGGUCGACACUCUGAUGAAGUGCCAGCCUUCCUACAUUCGAACCAUCAAGCCUAACGAGAACAAGUCUCCUACCGAGUACAAUGUGCCAAAUGUACUUCACCAGAUCAAAUAUCUUGGUUUGCAAGAAAACGUGAGAAUCCGACGAGCUGGUUUUGCUUACCGUCAGUCCUUUGAGAAGUUUGUGGAACGAUUCUUCUUGCUAUCCCCGGAGACGUCUUAUGCCGGCGAAUACACGUGGAAUGGUACCGAAGAACAAGCUGUCAAGCAGAUUCUGAAGGACACGAGUAUUCCCAAGGAAGAAUGGCAGCUUGGUGUCACAAAGGCCUUCAUCAAAUCUCCUGAAACACUAUUUGCGCUCGAGACCAUGCGUGAUAGAUACUGGCACAACAUGGCCACGCGUAUCCAGAGGAUGUGGAGAGCGUACUUGGCGUAUCGUGCAGAGUCGGCAACUCGUAUUCAACGUUUCUUCCGCAAGAAGCGGACGGGCGCCGAGUAUCUCCAGCUACGUGACCAAGGCCACAAAGUGCUGCAAGGUCGCAAGGAGCGGCGAAGAAUGAGUUUGCUUGGCUCCAGGCGCUUCCUGGGCGACUAUCUGGGUGUCAAUGCUUCCAGCGGACCUGGCUCGCACAUUCGCAAUGCGGUACAAAUAUCUAGCAAUGAAAAGGCUCUCUUUUCGUGCCGUGGUGAGGUCCUCGAGUCCAAAUUCGGUCGGUCGAGUAAACCGAGUCCUCGCAUCUUCAUUGUUACCAACAGCAAGUUCUACAUCAUUGCUCAAGUGCUCGCCAACAACCAAGUCCAAAUUUCGGUAGAACGCGCUGUUCCUCUCGGAGCGAUCAAGUUCAUCAGCACUUCGACUUGCCGGGACGACUGGUUCUCCUUGGGUGUUGGCUCUCCGCAAGAAGCCGACCCUCUUCUGAACUGUGUUUUGAAGACAGAACUCUUCACCCAGAUGCAGCGCGGCAUGCCUGGUGGCUUCCAGCUUAAGAUUGGCGAUGCCAUUGAGUAUGCCAAGAAGCCUAGAAAGAUGCAACUUAUCAAAGUUGCGAAAGACGCACCCACGGCACUCGACUUUUACAAGAGUGGUGCUGUCCAUACUCAACCCGGAGAGCCACCAUCUUCGACUUCGAAGCCUACGCCCAAGGGCAAACCUGUACCGCCACGGCCAAUCACCCGUGGUAAGCUUAUCAAGCCUGGUGGACCAGGUGGGCGACCAUCACGUAUUACCAACAACCGGCCUGCGGGCUCCAACGCGAAGCGCGGUCCGGCUUCCUUGCAAGCACAAACGCCUCGUCCCGUCCCAACUCCUGCAACAACAGUUCUCCCAAGCCACACACGAAACCAGGGGUCCACCUCCUCUGCAGCGCGAGUGCCGCCCCCUCCGCCUCCAGCUGCACCGCCAGCCAAAGCUUCCAAGCCACAAGCCAAGGUGCUCUACGAUUUUGCAGGCCAAAGGGAAAACGAACUCAGCGUCAAGGCUGGUGAUAUCGUUGAGAUUGUGCAAAGAGAACAAAAUGGCUGGUGGUUGGCCAAGAAUGCCCAAGGUCAAGCAUGGGUUCCGGCUGCGUACGUUGAGGAAAUCAAGGCGCCGGCGCCGGCCCCUGCACCGCGCGCUCCACCUCCACCUCCGGCAGCAAAUGGCGGGGCGGCACGGAGCAAACCCACACCGCCGCAACCUCCGGCGAAACGCCCAGUUGCGAACAAAAAGCCGGCUGCCUUGCAAUCACGGGACUCUGGUAUUGCCAAUGGAUCCGACAGUAGUCGAAGCAGCACUCCGACGCCACAAGCUCCAUUGGCCGGUGCCCUAGCAAACGCUCUGAAGGCUCGGCAGACUGCUAUGCAAAGCAAGGAGGAUGAUGACGACUGGUAG